CGCUCUAUGCGCGUGCCGCCCGUUCCUCGGCUUCAUUCGGCUCCGGACGCUGCAGGAUGUCUUCGGGCUGGUCAGCGAACAAGAGCUACUCGAACCCGCCGCCAGCCGCCGUGAAACGGCCGAGAAACGACUCGGGGAACAAAGUGUCGGUGGUUCUGGGAGCGCAGUGGGGAGAUGAAGGCAAAGGAAAAGUUGUAGAUUUAUUGGCGACGGAGUCUGACCUCGUGUGCAGGUGUCAGGGAGGAAAUAACGCUGGUCACACGGUGGUGGUGGAUGAGAAAGAGUAUGACUUCCAUCUUCUCCCCAGUGGGAUCAUCAACACCAAAUGCACAUCAUUCAUCGGUAACGGCGUAGUCAUUCAUCUUCCAGGAUUAUUCGAGGAGAUCGACAAAAAUGAGAAAAAGGGGCUGAAAGGAUGGGAAAAAAGGCUGGUCAUCUCCGAUCGGGCUCACAUUGUAUUUGACUUUCAUCAGGCCGUGGACGGACUUCAGGAGGUUCAGAGACAAGCUCAGGAAGGACAAAACAUAGGAACAACUAAGAAAGGCAUCGGACCCACGUACGCCUGUAAAGCGUCUCGCACUGGGCUUCGCAUCUGUGACCUGAUGGCUGAUUUCAGCGAGUUUUCUAGCAGGGUGAAGAACCUGGUGCAGCAGUACCAGUCCAUGUUCCCCGCUCUGAAAGUGGAGGUGGAGAGCGAGCUGAAGAAGCUGAAGGAUUACGCCGAGAGGAUCAGGCCUCUGGUCAGAGACGGCGUCUAUUUCAUGUAUGAUGCAAUUCACGGGUCGCCGAAGAAAAUCCUGGCGGAGGGAGCAAACGCGGCGCUGCUGGACAUCGACUUCGGUGAGGACAUGUGUGUGUGUGUGUGUGUGUUUCCCACAGAACAGCUCAAUGCUGUGGGCGAGCUGCUGCAGACCAGAGGUCAUGAAGUGGGCGUGACCACAGGCAGAAAGAGACGCUGUGGUUGGCUGGAUUUGGUUAUUCUCAAAUACGCUCAUAUGAUCAACGGAUUCACUGCCAUUGCUUUGACUAAACUGGACAUCCUCGAUGUUCUGGAUGAAAUUAAAGUUGGCGUUGCCUAUAAGAUCAACGGCAAGAGAAUCCCGUAUUUCCCAGCAAACAUGGAGGUGCUGCAGAAGGUGGAGGUCGAAUACGAGAUGUUUUCCGGAUGGAAGACGGACACAUCAGCGGCCAGGAAGUGGAACGAUCUUCCUCCCAAAGCCCAGAACUACAUCCGCUUUGUGGAGAAUCACAUCGGCGUUCCUAUUAAGUGGGUCGGCGUUGGCAAAUCCAGGGAAUGCAUGAUCCAGAUGUUCUAGGAUCGCCCACAAUCCUCCUGAAGACCAUCAGCACCGCGGGACUCUUGGUUUCACUGCUUGGCAUUCAGAAAACUCUCUUAGCAAUGUUGUAGUUGACGGAAGAUCAGCUCUGAAUGGCUGUGUAUGUGCAGGCGUUAUAACAGAUCGACUGUAACACCUGAUCAUAAAUAAUGGCACUGAUGUUAAUGUUGAGUUUUUGGGAUUCAGUUGAUUAUGUUUCUUGUUUCCAGUGAGACACAUAAACCGAAUCCCCUGAAA